AUGUGCAGAAGAACUGAGAAAGAUCUACACGACGCCAAUGUGGAAUACCACAAUCUGAACUGCGCAGAAGCUAAGAGUAACGCACCGCCUGCUCCUCACCCUCCCCCUGUCAGUUCACCAUUCACAGACACAAGAAUUGGUUGGCAUCUCGCUUACAGAGAUGCUUAUUUUAGAUGCCCAAGCCCCUGUUAUUCUCCCUGUCCGUGUCAGCCUGGGCAACAGUACUACAAUCCCUAUUAUCCAGCCCAUGUAGUUAAUUCUACGCCAGUCCGCGCGCCGGUUCCUGCUCCAGCUCCAUUGCCAGCCCCUGCGCGUGCGCCCAUCUAUUAUCCAUACGAUCCCUACGCAACCACAUAUACGGCUCCUUAUCAAGGCAGCUGUCCGGAUCCCUGUCCCGAACCAUGCCCGUGUCAAAGAAGUGGGAAAACCCCGCCAUCUGAGGAAGAGAACACGAGCAGUGCCACGGGGUCUGGAGAUGAGAAAGACGUGACGUCAGAGGGGAACGAGGAUGUUCAAGAUUAA